AUGCUCAAAGGUGGAAUCCCUGCAGAGCUCGACAGCCUUCGAAGGCUAACGCAACUGGAUUUGGGCUUCAACAAUCUUACAGGGGACAUCCCGCCUUUUUUUGGAAACCUUCCCCUCCUGGCCAUUCUUGAUCUCCCUCAAAACAGCCUCACUGGCGUCAUCCCACCUUCACUCGGCUGCCUCUCCAACCUGGUCCAUCUUGAUAUGUAUAAUAGCAAUCUAUCUGGAGUUAGAAAUAAUCUGCAGGGAGGCAUCCCAUCUUCGUUGGGGAAACUGUCCUCUCUCACUUAUUUGGAAUGCUCCGAGGACAAUCUUUCGGGUGAGAUUCCAGCUUCAUUGGGACAACUAUCCUCUCUUACGUAUCUUGAUCUUGGCCUCAACGAGUUGUCAGGUUCCAUACUUUCCUCCCUCUACAAUCUCUCGGCCAUCAUCGACUUCGCCUUCAACGUUAAUCAGCUCUCUGGCACUCUUCCAUCACACAUUGGCAAUGCACUUCCUAACCUUCAAAAUUUUUACGUAUCCCAAAAUCAUGUUACUGGACCAAUUCCUGCGUCGCUGGCCAAUGCUUCUGCACUCCAAGACAUCGAACUUAGUGCUAAUAACUUCAAGGGCACGAUCCCUUCGAACCUAGGAAAAUUGCAGAGUCUUAACUGGCUUGAUGUCUCCGACAAUCAACUAGAAGCGAAGGAUAUCACUGACUGGAGUUUCAUGAUGGCUCUAACCAACCGCACAAAUUCGCAAUUUCUAUAUGUAGAAUACAAUAUGCUUGGAGGUAGGAUGCCCAGUUCAAUUGCCAAUCUUUCCACGAGGCUCGAAGCUUUGGCGCUUAAUAAUCACCAGAUAUCGGGAGUAAUACCUGACGGGAUUUGGAAGUUGAUCCACCUAAAUCUCCUUGAUAUGGGUACAAACCUUCUCCAAGGCAGUCUUCUUCCAGAGAUUGGGAAGCUCUGGAGAUUACAACGCUUGUCUUUGGGAGAAAACAUGCUUUCCGGUGAAAUUCCGUUCACACUUGGUAACCUCAUCAAAAUGAACACAUUGUAUCUCCAACAAAAUGACUUGGAAGGGAGCAAUCCAUCGGUCUUUGGCAACUUCGAAAAUCUAGAGUUGUUGGACCUCUCAUAUAACAAGCUCACUGGUGCCAUACCAUAA